AUGGCUGUGGGAUUGGUUGGUAUGGGUAAGGGAAAGCAUUAUUCAAGGCUUGUUGUGGAUCAAAACUUAGAGGAUAUAGAGGGUCGACCACUUCUUGUGAUGGAGGGCCCUAGUCAGCAGCAGUUAGUUUAUUCACAUCCUUUCCCUCUUCUUAAAAAAUGGUCAUGUAUAGUCGAUGCGAUCAUGGCCAUCAAGGUCGCAUACAGUAUAAACCGAGCAGAUUGGCAAGGAGACCUAUGUCUCCCCAGAGAGUUUAGGUGGAAUGGCUUAGUCUGCAGGUUCAACAGUACUCCAAGGAUCAUUUCAAUAAACUUGAGCGCAAGUAAAUUAACAGGGGAGAUAUCUUCGUCAAUCUCUAAUCUCCAAGAGUUAGAGUCUCUAGACCUGUCGUACAACGAAUUGACGGCCAUACCAAAAGUUUUGGCACAAUUGCCAAAGUUGAAAGUUCUAAAUUUGUCUGGAAACAAGCUCACAGGUUUAAUUCCACAGUCUCUCAAGGACAUGUGCGACAAUGGAUCUUUGCUUUUAAGGUGGGAUGAAAAUCCAGAUUCAUGCCUAAUGGAACCAUGUACUAGAAAGAAAAAAAAUGUUCCUGCUCCCGUUGUUGCAACCAGUGUUUCUUCGUUGGUCCUCCUCGUCCUCUUAGGCGUUCCGUUUAUCUUUCCCUAUAUCAGAAUGAGAAGACAAGGAGGUCUUGUUAUCGCCAGGGAAGGAUCAUUGAUUUCAAAGAAUAGACCCUUUACUUACUCUAAGAUUGUUAACAUUAGUGCUAACUUCACAAGCGUAAUUGGAGAGGGAGGAUUUGGAAAAGUUUACCUUGGUACUCUAAAAGAUGGCACUAGAGUCGCUGUCAAGUUACUCUCCCCUUUGUCGAAGCAAGGGCAUAAGGAAUUUCGAGCAGAUGCUCAACUCUUAAUGAUUGUUCACCAUAAAAAGCUCGUUUCUCUCAUCGGUUAUUGUGAGGAGGAUGGAAAAAUGGCACUGGUUUAUGAGUAUAUGGCUAAUGGAAACUUGAGGGAGCAUUUAUCAGGGACUGAAUCAAAGACUUUGAUUUGGAAAGACAGGCUUCAAAUUGCAGUAGACGCUGCACAUGGGUUAGAGUAUCUGCAUAAUGGUUGCACCCCACCCAUAGUCCACCGAGAUUUGAAAACUUCCAACAUCUUGUUGACUGAAAAUAUGCAAGCUAAGAUAGCUGAUUUUGGCCUGUCUAAAGCUUUUGCGACAGAAAAUGCUUCUCACAUAUCAACUCGUCCUGCAGGCACACCUGGAUACCUUGACCCUGAAUUUCACAAGUCAGGAAACCCAUAUAGAAGAAGUGACAGUUACAGUUUUGGGAUAAUUCUGUUUGAGCUUAUCACUGGCCAGCCAGCAGUACUAAGAGGUUCAGAAUACAACAUUCACAGACUUCAAUGGGUGACUCCUGCAAUCGAAAGACGCGACAUUCAGAGCAUCGUUGAUCCUAAAUUGAGAGGCGAAUUCAACAUCAAUGCUGUCUCGAAAGCUGUGGAGAUAGCGAUCGCAUGUACACUGCCAACUUCAAACAAAAGGCCAGAUAUCAGUCACGUGCUAGCAGAACUUAAGGAUUGUUUGGCUCCAGAUCCGAUGGCCCCUAAAAACCCUCCGAUAAUGCAGACCACCAAUCUAAUAAUAACUUCCUGCCACUCACCCUCAAAAGCCCCUUCGGGUGGUGUUGACUCAUAUGCAGCUUCCAGCCCCAGAUUUCACAAGUCAGGAAACCUAAAUAGAAGAAGUGACAUUUACAGUUUUGGGAUAAUUCUGUUUGAGCUUAUCACUGGCCAGUCAGCAGUACUAAGAGGUUCAGAAUACAACAUUCACAUACUUCAAUGGGUGACUCCGGCAAUCGAAAGAGGCGACAUUCAGAGCAUCGUUGAUCCUAAGUUGAAAGGCGAAUUCAACACCAAUGCUGUCUGGAAAGCUGUGGAGAUAGGGAUGGCAUGUACACAGCCAACUUCAAACAAAAGGCCAGAUAUCAGUCACGUGUUGGCAGAACUUAAGGAUUGUUUGGCUCCAGAUCAGAUGGCCCCUAAAAACCCUCAGACGAUGCAGACCACCAAUCUAAUAAUAACAUCCUGCCACUCACCUUCAAACGCCCCUUCGGGUGGUGUUGACUCACAUGCAGCUCCCAGCCCCAGGUAA